CCCAGAAUUUGGAUCGGAACGGCUUGACCCAGGUAAACCGGCGAGCAGGCUUUCAAUUCGGAACCGUUUAUCAAUCAAAUAAUUAAACGACGUAGCUUUGAACACCUGAAUCCCAACCCCUCCGAUUCGUAAUAUCAAGGAUGGCCGAAGAAGGCGGAGGGAAAAGCAGAGGCGUCGCGACGGCAAUCGCCGAGCAGCCUCCGCCUAAUUAUUAUUACGGGACCUUCCAAGGCGUGGCAAAUUAUCAGCCUCAACCUGCUGUCUCUCCUCCUCCAACGUCUCACCAUGUCAUCGGUUUCCCUCAGCCCAUGCCUCCUGCCGGCCUCUCCGGUGCUCCGCCUCAUUACUAUCCUCACGGAUAUCAAACUGUUCCUGGUUAUGCUGUUGCUGAAGGGCAACCCUUUAGAGAGCAUCGGCUUCCUUGUUGUGGUAUUGGGAUUGGAUGGUUCUUGUUCAUAAUUGGUUUCAUUCUUGGUGCUAUACCAUGGUACAUUGGAGCUUUUAUACUGUUAUGUGUGAGGGUGGAUUAUAGAGAAAAACCUGGACUUAUUGCAUGCACUCUUGCUGCAACUCUUGCUAUUAUUGCUGUUACUCUUGGCGUGACUAGGGCAACUCAAGCCUGGUGAAGUUUUUCUAAGCUGCAGAAGUUUAUGUACAUUUCAAAGUAAAAUCCCCCGUAAACAUAUAUGAACUAAAAAAAUGGCCUGGUGGUUGGAAUGUUAUCUUCUGCUUGGAGUUUGACUCAUAUGUACUUGUAAAGUUCUGGUGACUCGUUCGUUGAUACAAGUAAUGAUUUAUUCUAUUCACAUUCUAUCCAAGUUUAUCAAUUUUUGUCGGACAA